GAGAUGAAAUGGCUGACACUUUUCGUGUGUAUACUAUCAAGCGUAAGAUGUGAUUACACCGUGUCCAUUUAUCCUGAAAUUCUCAAGAUUGGGUCAGUUACUCAUUUCAGACACUCGCGAUGGAAUGGUAAGAAUGGACUGGACAGCCCCACAACUAUUCCUUAUGUGAAGAAAGUUGGCGCAACAGCAGCCAGAUGGUUGAACAGAGAUUUGAGAAAUGGACUAUUUGAACAGGCACCUGAGGACCUCCACAAGAAGGGCUAUCCUGACCCGAAGUACUUCGAGGCGAAUCAAAAUAAAAUCAGCUACAAUUACCUAAACGUUAUGAAUGGAUACGGCGACCCUGAAAUGGUCAUGGAAGUAAAAGGGUUGAACUGGCCUCACUGGAUGGACACCUCUGCCCACCACGGAUUCUUCCCCAACAACAUCGAUGCUGCUGCUGAGUUCGUCUUUCUGCUGGUCGACACAGUCAACAAAGGAACCAAAGGACGAGCACCUACAUUCUUCGAAAUCAUCAAUGAACCCGACGCUCAAUGGCAGAACACAAACUGGACUUCCUUCAUCAAAUUUCAUCAGGCUGUUGCUCAGAAAAUUAAGGCCAAAUAUCCCCAUAUGAGUGUUGGUGGUCCAACGUUAACUGGAGCUUCCCUUCUGUUUGACCGUUAUGACUUUAGGAAUUGGAAACGAUAUGCAGACUUUUUAGAUAUGGGUCUCCACCAUUUAGAUUUUUUCUCAUUUCAUUCCUAUGCAAGUUUGGUCGUAAAUGGAGAGUCGCACCAUUUCCAUGGGAGCUCCGAAGCUAAGCUCUUUGGACUUAUUGACCUGGUCGAGAGCUACUCUCACAAGAAGAAAAAUAAAUUCUUAGAUAUCAUUGUCAGUGAAUUUGGUCUUGGUCCAGUAUCAGGACUUAAUGUACAGAAACCAUCCACCUUUCUUGACUGGGCAUAUAUUUAUCAACACAAUGCCCAGAUAUUCACCUUUCUACAACGUCGGGAUGUCAUGAGAAAAGCUGGUAGCUUUCUUGCUCACAUAUACUGAACUUAAAGGGCAAGCAAGCAUCAACUACAGCAUCCUAGACAAGACCCACAAGGAGAGGGAUAUUGCUCAAGCUUUCAGGUUCUGGAAGAACUUCUAUGACACAAUGACAUACUUGCGAGUAGACAGUCAGUUCCAUAACUCCGAGAGAAAGAUUGUACCUCACGUUUUAGUUGAUCAACGGAACGGCAGCCUCACCAUUCUUCUACAUAACAACGACCAAAA